AUGGUACGUGGUGAGAAUCCACUGGUACUUAAUCAGGAGGAAUUGAGAUUGACCUCUCCGCUAAAUUCAGACACCAUCUUGAGGGACUUUGGGAACGAGAAGGGUUCAGUCAGAUUUUACUGUCACACCCACAGGAUGCCAGCCAUUGAUCUUUUCUCCUGUGGUCAUCUUUUUCAAGAUUUUUUCUUUCUUCAUGAGGAGAAAUCAGAGGGAGAAAGGACAGUGACUAGGUGUCUGACAAAUUAUUCUCAGGAUCUGGUGAUCCUUGAGGAUGUGGCUGUGGAAUUCACCCAGGAGGAGUGGACUUUGCUGGAUCCAACUCAGAGAAACCUGUACAGAAAUGUGAUGCUGGAGAACCACAAGAAUCUGGUUGCAGUAGAUUGGGAGAUUUGUCUUAAUACCAAAUGGUCAGCACCUCAGCAGAAUAUUUUGCAGGGGAAAACACCCAAUGGGUAGAAAUGGUAAAAUUCACAGUGUGUAAUUCCUUGCCUUCCACAACAGUGGAAGUUUGGAAAUUCCAUAAGAUAGAAAAGCAGCACAAAACCAUAACAGACACUUGGGGCUAGUGUUAUUCAUCCUAAAUGAAACUGUUUCUCAUAGAGUC